ACCAUUUCCCUAGUAUAAAAACAAAAAAAUGUUUUCGUUUUUUCGGAUUGGAGAAACAAAAAUUAUUAUUAUCAUCAUUGAAUUUUGUUACCGAUUUUAAAAAUUUUCUGCUGUUCCACAACAUCUAGUCUUUGUAUUUGUUUAUGUUUAUGGUUUUUUGUAUUGUUUUGUUUUGUGUUUGUUUGUUUCAUAAAUUAGAUAAAAAUGAUAACGAAAUUAUCAUCAAUGAAUUUUUUCAUAAUAAUAUUCACCAUUAUUAUGAUGGAUAUAUUACCGCCAUCACCACCAAUCGAUAAUCAACAACAACAACGAUCAUCAUCAACGAUAUUGAUUGAAGCAAAAAAAAAUGAUGAUGAACAUUUAUUCUUACAUAUGCCUGAAGGUGGUUCAAAACUUAUAUUACCAUUACCAUUGUUUUUACCAUUUCCAUUUCCUAUUAUCGAAGAUGUUGAAAAAAUAUAUCAUCGAAAAAAAGUUUUAGUUUUAACCGAACAUAAACCGAAAAAGAAAAGUAAAGGUUAUUAUGAUGAAUAUAAACAUGAUUAUUAUGAUCAUAAAUAUAUUGAUCAUCACGAUAAUUACAAACCACCAUCAUAUUCAUCAUAUUCUGAUCCAUAUUAUGGUAAAAAAAGUUCAUAUUAUGAACCAAAUUAUAACGGUAAUUAUGAUUAUAAUGAUCAUGGUAAUAAUGGUCAUGAUAAUGGCUAUGAAGAUCGUUAUUAUCAUAAUCAUAAUUAUGAUGAAUUAUAUCAUGAAGAUCUUUAUAAACCAUUAUUAUCAUCAUCAUCAAAAUCAUCCAAAUAUUCAUCAGAUACAUCGAUACCAUUGAAAUAUGCAUCAUCAUCCGCAUCAACAAAAGAACCUGGACGAAAGAAAAAAUCCAAAUAUAGUACCGGUGAUAAUGAUGAAAUACAUGGUCAAAUUGAUUUAAAUAAUCCAUUAGUAUCGGUACUACCACCACCACCAUCAUUUUUAUCAUCACAACAACAAUCACCGAAAUCAUCAUCAUCAUCGAUACAAUCAAAACGAUCAAGACGUCCAUCACCAGCAACGAAAAAAUAUUCAACAAAUAAUAAAGAUGAUUAUGAAGCAAGUUCUUCCGAUUCAAUACCAAGUGUUUAUGAUAAACAUUCAUUGGAUAUUGAUGAUGAUUAUUCAAUUAAAGAACUGUAUAAACCUAAAAAAAAGAAAAAAAUCUCGGUCACUGGACCAAUGUCUGAAUUUGAUGAUGAUCCAACCAAACAUUAUCCAUAUGAUCCGGAUGAAACAGAUGAUGUUGAACAUGUUGAAUUUACAACCGAUGAAGGACAAUCACAAGAUAUUAACCCGACAACUAUUAUGGAUAAAAUACGUAAAUUUUUAACACAAGAAAAUGUUAAAUUAAAAGUAAAUAUUGAUUAUAAUAAACGUAAACGUAAACGUGAACGUAAAGAAGAACCAAAGCAAAGACAACGUUCAAUUGGUAAAAUGAUUGAUGAACAAAUCAAAAAACUUGAAGAUGAUGAACAUGAUUUUCAUUGAUUCGGAUUUUUCGCAAAAUCAAAUCAGAAUCGAAUCGAAACGAAAAAUGAU